AUGCGCCUAUUCACUGCUUAUUUGAUUAUGGUUAUGCUGCUUCUGCUGCGGAUGAACUCAGAUGUGAGAAAGGCUUCUGGAGGCAGGGGCCCAAAUCUGACGCAACGAGUGUUGCUGAGGCUCUUGCUGAAUGGCCAUUCCUUAGAACAGUUUGCCGGCGGGCACUCCGCAGCAGCACCAGUAGCAGCCGCAGCAGAUCCAGGAGCAGAAACAUCAGAAGAUCCAGCAUCGGUAAAUGCUACGAAGGAUGCACGCAAAGCUUUGUGCCAGUGCGAAUGCAGCAAGAAGGGGAAUUGCUCCCGCUAUUCUGCUCUUUCUGACCACUUGAAUGCCCGCGCUGCUUGUGCCGCUCUUGUAGAGGGGCUGCUAAGUUCAGCCGAGGCAUCGCAGGGAGGCCUUGAGGCUUUAGGGCUGCGAGCAGUACCUAGGCCCGGUGAAAUAGCAAUGCUGCUGGAUCGCCUUUCUGCAAACGUACACUCAAUAACGAAUUCAGGGGAUUCCAGGACUCAAGGGGGCUCUCCCUCAGGGGGAUGCCCUUGCUGUGAUCUCGGAAAGGAAGUGGCAGUUGGGCUUUAUGGCCAACCGCUUUGUCAAUUUAACCAUUCUUGCUUCCCCAAUGCUGCGAUCGUGUUUGGGGGUCCCGAGGGGGCUUUGGAAAUAGCUGUCAUCGCUUCUCGGUCUAUCAUGUGUGGCGAAGAGGUCUGCAUUUCGUACGUCUCCCCGGCUGCCGUGAGACAUGAAAGGAGGAAAAAGCUGUAUCUUGAAUAUGCAUUCACUUGUACCUGCGUACUGUGUUGCUCUUGCAGCGAUAGGGCGUGCAGCAGCACCAAUGUCAUCGCCCACGGGAACAGCAACUGCAGCAGCAACAGAGGGAACAGCAGUGACAACAAACGCAACCCCGCAAGUCCCUCCAGAAGCAGCAACACCAGUGACAGCAAAAACAGCAGCGCGAAAAGGACAGACCAGUCUUGUUCUAUAUCCUUCUCUCCAGCUGAGGCGUUUGAUUUGCAGCUGCGCGCUGUAUUUUGUCCUAAAGCUGCUUGCGUUUCUUUAAGGGGUACGGCCGAAGCAAAUGUUCUUCUUAACCUGGAAAAUGCUAACCAGGAAUACCUUGACAGUUUCUCUCAUCGUGAGAAAUCACCUGCUGAAGAUUCCUCCGGCGGAGCAACCAGCAGCUGUGUACACACUGUUGACCCUAGGGGGCCCGAGAAGGCCGCCCGCCUUCGGCGGCUGCAGCUGCCGGUGCUUUGCGUGUACAGACCGAGGGAGGACUUGUGGGAGCCCGUGCAACUUCGUACAAGCGAUAGUACGACACAAGCUCCGAAGCUGGGGUCUUCACCUCAAGGCAACCCCACAAUUAGAUUGGUUCCAGAAGAACUGGAGCAACUUGCAUCUGCUAAUGGCCCAACACCCCCGACUUCUAAUCCACCCGACAUUCGUUGCUGCGGGUGCGGUGAUACUUACGAGCUAGGAGAGAUUUUGCGCGUGGUGGAGCUUAUUAGGAAGUUAGAGGAAAGUGCUCAGCGUCUGUGUCAAGCUUGUUCUGUGGAAAAGAGCGAAACCAUUGAAUUGGAGGGGAGGGCGGUUCUAAAGUUGUUCUCUGCAGUCCGGGCAUAUACACAUCCCGGAAAUUUGUUUCUUCUGAAUAUUGCGGAAAGCCUCAACCGUUAUUGCAGGGGACUUGCUGCCCUUUAUAAUGGCGUCGGGUUGACUGUUUCCCAACAUCUCUCUCGGGCUGCUGCAGCACUACACGGCCGGUGCAGCACCCAGCAUGCAGACCUCCUGGUGACUGAAGGUUCUCUCCUGCAUUUUCUGUCCCAAGCGGAUACCGAUGAGGAGGCCAUACGGGCCUGGUCACUGUGGGCCGAUGGAGAUCCUGCAACGGCAGCAACCCGCAGCGCAGCAGGAGUUGUCGACAGCGCCAACACAUCUGAUGCGACGGGCUCGGAAACAAGAGCCAAGUUAGUUCUUCAGGCCCGCGAAUGUCUGCUGCAGGCAUGCAGCAUUUUCUUUUCGUAUGAAGGCUGCUGUGCAGAGCGGCAAAAGGGUAGAGUUGCUGAGGGACGGAUUGCUGACUGUGACAGGGAACUGCAGGCCUUGGGAUUUCCUUCUCGGUGA